ACAGACCAAGUGGCCGACGCGCUGCGCCGUGGGGGCGUCGCGGCGACGCGGCGGGCUCCGUCCGCGCCGCGUCGCGCACCAAACGCCACCGUGCGUCGACCGGAGUGCGUCGGCGACGGUUUGGGACCAUCGCGGCGACGCUGUCCGUCGCCGGGGUCUGUCCGCGGCGGGGCGGACCGACGCCGCUCGUCGCCUCCACCCCUCCCGGGCAGCCGCAGUGCGCAGGUCGCUGCCAAGUCGGUUUGAAAAGAGCAGACAAAGGCUUUGCGCUCAGGACGCCCCUCGCUCUCCCUCACUCUGCCCACAAAGCCGAGCCAGCUCCUCUCUCUCUCUCUCUCCCUCUCCCUCUCUCACAUCAUGGACAUGUUUUUUAAUAGGUGGCGUUAAGAGUGUCGGUUUCAUUUUUCUCUCUUUUUUGGGGACUUUCUCUCACUGAGAUGUACGACCGUCUGGACCCGCGCUCGGCCGAGAGACGAGGUCUUUCUGUGGGUCUCGUACAAGGAAGCGUCGUCUGAGAGAGGGAGCGAGAGGGGGAAGGAUCGACGCGUAUUCCUCCUCUCCUCCUCCUCCUUCCUUCCUUUCGCCCCCCUCUCCCCCCUCUUUUUGGCGGAGAGAGAGGGGUUGACAGAGGAAUAAAAACGCGUUUUGUUUGUUUGUUGUUUUCUUAUUUUCUUCUUUUAAAUGCAUCCGAUUCCUACUGCGCAACCAGAGCGGAUCACGUGGGAUUGGAGAGAGUUGGAUCGAUUACGCGCAGUUCAACGAGCGAAUCAAACAACUCUUCUAUUUCUUUUUCGUACUUCUACGGAUGCCCGGGACUGUUGAUACUUCUGCGUUAUUGCAGUAGAAGCCAGGGGGGGUUGGCUUGAGUUGCUUCUGUCUUUCAGCCUGGGAGGUGUGGAGUAUUAAUUCUUAUAUGCCUGGGUUUUGAAAAACAAUGGAGACGCACAUUUCGUGCCUCUUCCCGGAAAUUUUGGCCAUGAUUUUCAGCUAUCUGGACGUGAGGGACAAAGGCAGGGUAGCCCAAGUGUGUAUCGCUUGGAGGGAUGCAUCCUACCACAAGUCAGUGUGGAGGGGGGUGGAGGCCAAGCUGCACCUCCGCCGGGCAAAUCCUUCCCUGUUCCCGAGCCUCCAGGCCAGGGGCAUCCGGAGGGUCCAGAUCCUGUCCCUGCGCCGCAGCCUGAGCUAUGUGAUCCAGGGAAUGCCCAACAUCGAGUCCCUCAACCUGUCUGGCUGCUACAACCUCACGGAUAAUGGGCUGGGCCAUGCAUUUGUGCAGGAGAUCCCAUCACUGAGGGUGUUGAACCUGAGUCUGUGCAAGCAGAUCACUGACUCCAGUCUAGGCAGGAUAGCCCAGUAUCUGAAGAACCUGGAGGUGCUGGAGCUCGGUGGCUGCAGCAACAUCACCAACACUGGGCUUCUCUUGAUAGCCUGGGGCCUGCACCGGCUCAAGAGCCUCAAUCUGAGGUCCUGCAGGCAUGUCUCCGACGUGGGGAUCGGACAUUUGGCCGGCAUGACCCGCAGUGCCGCAGAGGGCUGCUUGAACCUGGAGUACCUGACUCUCCAGGACUGUCAGAAACUGACGGACCUGUCACUCAAACACAUUUCCAAGGGGCUGACCAAGCUCCGGGUUCUGAACCUGAGCUUCUGCGGGGGGAUCUCAGACGCAGGGAUGAUCCACCUCUCCCACAUGGCCUCUCUGUGGAGCCUCAACCUACGCUCCUGUGACAACAUCAGCGACACGGGGACCAUGCACCUCGCCAUGGGCACCCUAAGGCUCUCUGGGCUUGACGUUUCCUUCUGCGACAAGAUAGGGGACCAGACCCUGGCGUACAUCGCCCAGGGGCUGUACCAGCUCAAGUCGCUGUCCCUGUGCUCGUGUCACAUUUCUGACGACGGGAUAAACCGGAUGGUGAGGCAGAUGCACGAGCUGAGGACCCUGAACAUUGGACAGUGUGUGCGAAUCACGGACAAAGGGCUGGAGCUCAUAGCUGACCACCUGACCCAGCUGGCGGGCAUCGACCUGUAUGGAUGUACCAAGAUCACCAAGAGGGGACUGGAGAGGAUCACACAGCUCCCCUGCCUUAAAGUGUUGAACCUGGGACUCUGGCAGAUGACAGAGAGUGAGAAAGUGAGGUGAUUGGAAAUGUUUUGUGUGCGUGUGUGUGUGUGUGUGUGUGUGUGUGUGCUUUCUUUUCAUUUUUGGACGGGGACAGAGGGGGACAUGGGGAGCAGGAAGAAGGGGAGUUGUGGACAGGUGGAGGAACGUCUUUUCUAUUCAAAAAGAGAAAACCUUCCUCUUCCCUCCUGUGUAAGGUGCCUCUUCUCCCACGUGACCAGAAUUAUCUGUCCAAAUGUUUUACUUUUCCUUUCUGUUGGCCGUGCAGGAUCUAAAUUAGUGUUUGAUAUGACUUAAUAUUCUGGUAGGAAGAAAUUAAAUCUUUUUAAAAUUUUAUUUUAGCAAAUUAUCUUGAUCUCACGUUGAGUUUUAAUAUCUCAUAAAUUCCAACUUUGGACUGGAGUAACUUCAAUGCAAAUCAUCACACAUUGCAAAAGUGUCAUUCCCUCCGCGCACUAUUAGAAUAAUCUGGUGCAUUUACUGACACUCGCUACCAUUGAAAACAAAAAAAGAUUCUUCAAGGGAAACGUUCAUCCAUCCAAAACUGGCAGAUUCCUUUUCAUUUUAAAGCAAAGGGAGGUUUUAAAACUUGAGACAUGAGACUUUUUUAUUUUAUUUUCUACAGUGAGCCUGGAUUUGAGACAGUUUUUACGACUAAUCUGCGCUACAGCCAUCACGCCUAAAAAAACAUUUGGCUACCUCGUAUGUGGUUGUUUUCAAAGGGUGUAUACUGUUUAGAAAAAAAGAAGAAGCGAGAAUGAGAGACUGGGAGAAAAUGUGCCUAAAGGGACUGUGUCUGCCCCCUCCCCCAUCCCGCCUCCCCCACCUCCUCCUUCCCUCCCUCCUCCACGAGCAGAGCUGGAGACAGGACACGAUCUAACUACCUUUGUUAAUUUACCCCCAUAAACAGCAACAAUUUCCCGGAGAGAAAGAGAGCGAGAGAAAGUGAGAGCGAGCUGUAAUAGUCCCAAUUAAAAAAAGGACGACGCUUUAUGCAAAAAGAAAAACAUCAUAAAAAACAUAAACCUGCUUGUGUAAAAAAAAAAGAAGCUUUUUUUUGAAGGGAUGAAGUCCAACUUUAACGCCCUUUUAUUACAGACGCGUUUGUGUUCAGGCUUUGACCAAUGUAAAGGAGACAAGAUGAUCAGCUCAUCCUGAGGAGAAAUACCUGUAGUAGUCAUCCCAUAAUAACAAUGUAGAGAUAUAGAGGAAUAUUAUAGCGAUACAAUCGAGGUAUAACACGUAUUGGUACAUGAGCAGCCAGCAGGAUAUUAUAGGAAUAUUGGGUAUUAUUUAUAUAAGGGAUGCUGGUGGAACUAAAUGUCAGUGGAUGUUGCUCAGAGCGUCGUACUUCAAAUUGAAGUGAUUUCUAUAUCUUAUACCCUUAUUGAUCGAAACGAAUCAGGGUCUGCUCCAUGUUUUCUUUUUUUCCCACGUUAAUGCCAACACAGGUCGCAUUCAUAUUCAUGUUUGCUCCAGAGAGAAAGAGAGAGGGGAAGAAGGAGAGGGGGGAUGGACAUCUUUUUUUCCCUCCUCUUUUUUUUAAUCCUCCAUCUCUCUGAAUAAAAAAUACCCUGAAUCCAUUUUGUGACAUGCUUAGAAGAAGAAGCAAUCGAUUAUUUGUCUUUUCACUCUCCUCCGUUUCAAGCGGAAUGCGAUCUCUAUUGCGCUCUCUCUCUCUCUUUCACGCACACACACACACACACACACACACAUGCACGCGCGUGCGCACACGGAGGCCCGUGUGUGUGCGUGUUUUAAUGUAAUGCAAAUGACCUGCUAGAAAAAUUAAUAUACGGAUGUGCGUCCUGCUGACAAAGCUGUGUGUGUGUGUGUUUGAAAAUUAAAUGAUGUACUGUAUAUUAUGUGUUUGUAAAGAA